AUGGCGAAGAUCGCGAAGACUCACGAAGAGUUGCUUCUCUUUUCUGACCAGAAGGCCUCGUUCAAACGGCUCGCCAACGAGGAGUCCAGGUCUGACAGUUUGCUGACACAUUGCCUUUUUUUCAGCCCUCAUGAUGUAUUGGCUACACUUUUAAACAACCUCAAAGUUCAGGAAAGGCAGAACAGAGUUUGUACCACUGUAGCAAUAGCUAUCGUCGCCGAAACAUGUUCACCCUUCACAGUACUACCUGCCUUAAUGAAUGAAUACAGAGUUCCUGAGCUGAAUGUUCAAAAUGGAGUGUUAAAAUCACUUUCCUUCUUGUUUGAAUAUAUUGGUGAAAUGGGAAAGGACUACAUUUAUGCUGUAACACCAUUACUUGAAGAUGCUUUAAUGGAUAGGGACCUUGUGCACAGGCAGACGGCUAGUGCAGUGGUGCAACACAUGUCACUUGGGGUUUAUGGAUUUGGUUGCGAAGAUUCACUGAAUCACUUGUUGAACUAUGUAUGGCCCAAUGUGUUUGAGACAUCUCCCCAUGUAAUUCAGGCAGUUAUGGGAGCCCUGGAGGGCCUGAGAGUUGCCAUUGGACCAUGUAGAAUGUUGCAGUAUUGUUUACAGGGUUUGUUUCACCCGGCCCGGAAAGUCAGAGACGUGUAUUGGAAAAUUUACAACUCCAUCUACAUUGGUUCACAGGAUGCUCUCAUAGCACAUUACCCAAGAAUCUACAACGAUGAUAAGAACACCUAUAUUCGUUACGAACUUGACUAUAUCUUAUAACUUUAUUGUUUAUUUUGUGUUUAAUGCACAGCUGUUUCACCUCUUAAACUUGCUUCGAUUUGGUGAUGUAAACUUUUAAACAUUGCAGAUCAGGUAGAACUGGUCAUAGAGGAAGAGCUAGAAAUCAGUAGCAUGAUUUUUAAAUAACCUGUCUUUGUUUUUGAUGUUAAAUAGUAAACGCCAGUAGUGACCAAGAACACAGUGAUUACACAUGCUAUACUGGAGGGAUUUCAUUUUUAAUUCAUCUUUAUGAAAAUUUAGAAUUCAUUCCUUAUGUUUAAAGGGAAUGUUUAAUUGAGAAAUAAACAUUUGUGUACAAAAUGCUAACUUGUGUGUGUUUUUUGAACAUGACUUGUAAAAUGCGGAACUUUGAUAAAGUAUUGGUUUGUGUAGAAUAAGUGGCUUAAUUUUAUUAUCUGUUACCUGGUUUAUAGAAAGUAGCUAGAAUAUAAACUAUAUAAAGUGAUGGCAUCUUUGUCAAAUUCCAUUGUUCUGUUGAUAAUGACAUCAAGAAGAGUAGCUUUGGGGGUGUUCACCUCAAACUAGCACAACCGUUCCAUCACCAUAGAAAAUAUAGCACCUUUGCUAACCUGUCUUGCAUAUACUAUUUUGCACUUACAUAGCGCCUUUCAUCUCUUGAUUUCUCAAAAUGCUUUAUGAACAUGUUUAAGAGAAGUGAUUCAAGUCCUGUCUAACUCUUGAGUCUGUGGUUAGAAGGUGGGGAAGGUAUCUUUACUUCAGAUCUGCUUUCUACCUAAGUAUUGCUAAUAGAAUAAGACAAUCUUUGGGCUCUUUCCCAUGUCAUAAGCCACUACUCAACAAUGUAUUCAGUAAAUACUUGUUGAACACCUGCUGUAUACCAGUCACUGUGCUUAGUGUAGGGGAUGCAAAGGUGCUUUUGACCUGCCCCUUGCCCUUAAGAAAUUCAGUAUAAUGAAAAAGAGACACAGCUAGUGACUUAUGUACUAUUACUUAUGUACUGUGAUAUACAAUGGCAGUGGCUAAAAUCUCUAGGUUUGCUUAAAUUGAUCUGUAGGUGUCAAGCAUAAAUUGAAACCAUUUAAUUCUUGAGGAACCAAGCAUUAAGGCAGUACUUACUAUGUUUUGGCAACAACUUUAAAUAUAUUUUCAGCUUUUCCUAAUUUCCUGACCAAAAAUUUCUUCGUUUUAGUCCUUUUACUACCCAUAGCAGUUUUGUCUCCUUUGGUUAGUACUUUGGUGAACUUUAAUGGGAAAUGAGAUUCUGUAGCAGGGUCAGCAUGGGGUGACUGCCAUUGUAAGUAAAACUGUUCCACUGGGACAAGGAGGUUUGUUCCUCCAACUGUUAACACUUAGGGCCUCCUGUUUUGGAGGCUUACAUGACAGUUUGUAAUUGGCUGACUUUUACAAAAUUAAUACUGAGCAUUAGCUGACUCUUCAGGCAGAAUUUAUAACUCCUUAUUGUUCCUUGUGUAACAUAACUUUGUGAGAACAUGUCCGUGUGUACUAAAACAAAUUGCCCAAAUAAUCUUUUUAUUGAAAUUUUUGUAAUAGUAGCCCCCAUGUAACUUUACAUCUUGCUGUUCCCUGUAGUUUAUGUCAAAUGACCUUCAGUAAUUUCUAACCAUGAGAAUUGAAGAAAACGAUUAGGUUUCAAAGCCAAAAUUUGGUUUUAAACCAGUCUUGGAAAAAUUUAGUUGUAUUUUCACUUCAAGUACUUGGGUAACUUCAGUUUGCUUGGGCCCUGGCUAUUAAUGGAAAAUAUAUCUGCUUUAUAGUGGCAAUGUGGAACAAAGGAGACCGCCUUAUAUGACUUACUGAUGCGAGUAAUUUGAAGACAGGUGAGGGAAAUACAGCUAUGACUUUAAAGGAUGGGACCAAAUAGAGGCUCAUAGACAUUUGGAUGAUUUUAUAUGCUUAUUGAAUAAGGAAAGCAUUUUGUGACAUACCCAUGUGAAAGACGCUAUGUGAAGUUUUAACUAUCUUUCAGAAGAAUUUUUCUUUCGCACUUUCUUUUGGUGUUUCUUAAAGCCAAACUUAAGCAGGAAGAAAAUGUUCUUAAGGGGUGACAGUGGGUGGGUUUUUCUGUGGGCUUUUGUUGGUUUUUCUGUGGGCCCUCUGAUGGAAUUGAUCUCUGGCUGUUCAAUUUUUUCCUAUUGUAUUUUUAAAAUUUGUUGUACGGUGCCCUGUGAGCAUCAAGUACCACCAGAUGAAUAAAACUUACUAUGUCUAAAGUCUUA